UUAGUUGAAAUCUUUUAUGCCAACAAGUAUUGGGUGUUCACAGUUCACACGUUAAUUUGGGAGGCUAAAUAUCAGAAAAACCAACUCGCCCUUAGCAGAAGUGUAGAACAUCAUCAUAAGAGACAAUCUCGUAAUUCUGUCCUCAGUUUACCAACGAAGCGAUAGCGAUGUCUGAAACUCUCUUGCUUUCUACAGCCCAACCGUCGUCGGAGGAAUCAGACCUUCUUGAUCGCAGCGAUCAACCAAAUCCCCAAGGUACUCUGAUGGAUGAAGAUCUCCCCACCGGCAACAUCCCACAGCCAUCUGGAGCAACUGCUGGGACUUCCUAUAAAGACAAACUGUUAGUGGUUGAGAACCCGUCGGUCAUUUCCUUCUCCACAAUACCUGGCUACAUGGAGGAAGAUUCAGAUGUGGAUGAUGACCCGGAUGAUGAUGCUCCGCCCAUCGGUAAAUGGGAUUUCAUUGAUUUGGGACUUGAUUUUUUUCUAGUUCCCUUCCAUGAUAAUGAAGAUUUGAGCAAGGUGAUCCAAGGGAGCCCUUGGUUUAUUGGUCCCUAUUUCGUAACUAUGAGAAGGUGGGAACCCAACUUUGACCCGGAAGAAGCUCUCCACACAACAACAACCACUUCCGUUUGGGCCCAACUUCCCAAUUUAUCUACUGAUCAUUACGACCCUGUUACAUUAAGAAAAAUUGGAAACAAGGUCGAUCCUCUGCUUCGUGUGGAUGCCCAUACAGCUCAUCAUACAAGAGGCAGAUACGUUAGGAUUUGUGUCCAAAUAGAUUUAGCUCAACCAGUGAUUAAGCACGUUAGAAUAGGGAAGAAGAAACAAAGGGUUAUCUAUGAAGGGGUUAGCGCGUUAUGCUUCCAUUGUGGAAGAAUUGGACAUCGCAAUAAUCAAUGCCCCAACAUUAAACAAGUUUCUGCUCAAACGAUGGAAGUGCCAAUCACCCAACAAGAGGUAGUAAUGGAAAAGUUAGAUACGGUUGGUACAACUUCUAAGGAAACAAACAAUUCGAAUCCAACGAGGUCGAUUAAUCUGCAGAAAAAAGAUGAAUAUGCGCCAUGGUUAUUGGUGGAGAGACGACGACUGAGAAAGAAGGUGGGUACCUCUUCCGGUGUGUUGCAAAAUGAGGCGAUCCACCCCAAGCUCUUCCAAAAUCAAAUCCUUGGUCGCCUCAAUCACCACCAAAUGGAUCUCUUCCCAUUCCUUCCCCCAACACCGAAGAACUCAAGUAUUCUUGGUCAAGGACCAAAUGUCAGUCCGGAUGGAGAUAGCUCUAGAUUAGAUCUUGGAUUGUGUCUCACGCAGGGGAUCUCAAUGGUCCAUGAAAAAUCUAUUUCCAGUUUGGCGUGCUCCAAUCUUUACAGAUUUGAGGGUGAAUCUGCCGGAGAUAACCCAUCGCAUCCCACCAUCAGUAGAAGACUUAAUUCAAGCAGAUCUUUACGAGAUAAUGAGGCUCGAGUCAACCGCCAACGAGCUAGGAGAAGUAGAAUCAUCGGGCCUUAUCAUUCCUCAAAUUGUCAACAGUUCAGCUUACAUGCAUCAUUUGAAGGUGAUGACAUUCCAAGGGAAGAUGCAAAAAAUUCAUCUAGUUUCAAAAGUGUUGUGGUCAUUGAUGACUCCGACGGAGAGGGAGUUCGAAGUGCUAGUCCUUCCAUAUCACUUCCGCUAGCGAGAUUCCUAACCUGGACAUUUCCUUGCCCCCAACCGGAGAUGAACCCGUUGUUAGCCCAACUGGUCCUAGGACCACAACCCUCUAAUAUUUGGACCAUGAAGAUCAUUUCUUGGAACUACCGUGAAACGAAACUUUAUAGGGAAAAUGCGAAAGACCAAGCUGCUUCCUUAGGUUUUCCUAAAUAUUGUAUCGUAGAUUCAUAUGGCUUAGUAGGUGGCUUGUGGCUUCUGUGGGAUGACUCGAUUGUUGCAGUGGAAGUGGUUUCUCAAACUCCCCAAGCAAUCCAUGCAGUUGUCCAGGAGAAUAACAGAAUUUUGGCUAGACUUGGAGGAAUCCAAAAAUCUCCUGCGUCUAAUGUCUCACCCUUUCUCUGGAAUCUUGAAAAGGAGCUCCUUCAAGAGUAUGAGAAUAUUCUCAAUCUAGAGGUUGACCUUUGGUUGAUGAAAUCCCGGACUAAUUGGCUAGUGCAAGGAGAUAGAAACACCAAAUUCUUCCAUUGCUCCAUUGUCCAACAUAGAUCCAAUAAUAGAAUUUAUGGGUUGAAAGAUCAGAGGGGUAAUUGGGUUUAUGAUGGUCAUUCUCUUGCAACUAUUGUAGUGGAUUAUUUUAACGACCUCUUUGCUAGCUCACACACCCACUCCUUUUCAGAUUCAUUUGCUAAUGUUGGCUGUGAGACUUCACACUCCUUUGACUUAUCUAUUAUCAGUGGGGUCCCUUCUGAGAAGGAAAUUCUUGAUGCUACUAAUUCUAUGCAACCUUACAAAGCCCCUGGGCCUGAUGGAAUUCAUCCUUUUUUUUUAUCAGAAGAUGUGUGGUGUGAGUGCUUUAUUGUGCUUAUCCCCAAAGUCAAAGCUCCGGAAUCCAUUUACCAGUUCAGACCAAUCGGGUUAUGCAACACAGUGCUUAAAAUCAUUUCUAAAAUCCUGGUUAAUAGGAUUAAACCUUGGAUGGACAAAAUCAUCUCUCCUUGGCAGGCUUGCUUCAUUCCCGGGAGACAAGGUACUGAUAACGUCCUUAUCUUACAGGAAUUUGUAUAUUUUUUCAGGAAGAAAACAGGGAAUUAUGGGGAUAUGAUUUGUAAACUAGAUUUAGAAAAGGCAUAUGAUAGACUUGAAUGGAGCUUUAUUCACGAAACUCUGGUGUUCUUCAAAUUUCCUCCAGACAUUAUACGCCUCAUCCUGUCCUCUAUCACCUCUUCCUCACUGUCUAUUCUUAUUAAUGGGGAAAAAACAGAUAGUUUCUCCCCUUCGAGGGGCAUCCAACAAGGAGACCCAUUAUCACCUUAUAUUUUCAUUAUGUGUAUGGAGCAUUUAUCUAUCAAGAUUACUUCAGACAUGGAUAAUGGCAAAUGGAAAGGUUGCAAGGCGGAUCAGGACAGUGUGUUAACCAUCAAAAAUCUAAAAUCCUGUUCUCAAAGAAUGUGGACUAGGCCUCUCGGGAUUCGGGAAGCUAUUUGCUCCACACUGGGAUAUACUCCAACGGACGAUUUGGGUAAAUAUCUUAGUAUACCUAUCUCAGCUCAAAAACUGAAUAAGAGCAAAUGGCAAUUUGCGGUGGAUGAAGUUCGUGGCAAACUUGCUAGGUCCUCACCUUUGUCAGCAACGGUCUUUGGCCCUCACAAUGCUAACUUUGCUAAUAUUACUGUGGAAGAGUACUUUCAAGCCGCGGGAGAGGCCCCUAACUUGAUUAACUAUGAUCUCCCAAGUAAUAUUCUUGCUAUUAUUCAAGCUACCCCUAUCUCCUUGUCUUCCACAAAAGAUGAUGGGUUUGCUUGGAAAAACUCCCCUGAUGGUGAAUUUUCUGCAGCUUUAGCCUACCAGUGCUUGAAGGACCCCACUAUGUCGGCUGAUAACAACUGGAAAUGGGUUUGGAAAGCCCCCACCCUCCCAAAAAUCCAACAUUUCAUAUGGCUGCUUACCCAUCGGCGACUUAAAUGCUUUGAUUUUCUUAAUAAGCUAGGCAUUUGUGCUUCGGCAUCCUGUCCUCGGUGUCAAGUUGGAGACGAGACUGUCGAACAUUUGGUUAGGAUGUGCCCUAUAUCAUCCCAAAUUCUAGGAAGUCUCCUACCUGGCAUCUCCACUACGCAACAGCAACAAUUAGAGUUUGUGGAGUGGCUUCACUUUAACUUUCAAUGCUCGGAGAAGUCAAACAUUCUAAACAUCCCUUGGAAUGUUGUUUUUUGCUUUGCCAUUUGGGUUCCUUAUAAGAGGCAGAACCAACGCCCCACUAGUAUGUACAAAUGGAUCAAGCCUCCCCCGUCCUUUCUCAAAUUGAACACCGAUGGCUCGGCUAUCGAUAAUCCUGGGAAGGAUGCAAGAGGUGGUCUAAUAAGAGAUUCUUGGGGUAAUUGGAUCCUUGGAUUUUCCAAAAGAAUUGGAUGGUCAUCUAUUCUGUUAGCAGAACUGUGGGCAAUUAGAGAUGGACUCCAACUUGCUGUCUUUAGAAACUUUUCUCAUUUACUCAUUGAAACUGAUUCCCUUACUGCUGUUAAUUUGUUAUCUAAAGAUCCCAUUGAGAACCAUCCACUUAGAGGGACCUCCUUCGUUGUAUCCCCCAUGUGAAGAUCUCUCAUGCGAUGCGUGAGUCAAACAUGGCUGCGGACAUUUUGGCUAAAGUGGGGCACGGCAUGUCUGAAGAUUUUGUUGUUUUUGAAUCUAUCCCCCAUCCUGUAAUGAAUGCAUGUAU